AAGAAAUGUCGCGAAAGUUCGAGGGAGGCUGCUCGUAUAAAACCCCGCGGGAAACGAGACAGCCUCUCAUAGACUUUCUCCCUUACGAACCGUCAUGACUUCCAACUUCGAAUUCACCGACAAGACCCAGGAGACCCUGGCAGCUGCUAUCCAGCUUGCCAAGGACUAUGCUAACGCUCAAGUCCACCCAGCGCAUAUCGCGUUCGCGUUGCUGAACGAAGGCGCUGGUGAAGGCAACACUGGCAAUCAUUCUCUGUUCACGUCAAUCAUCGAGAAGGCCGGAGGCGAUCCGACGACCUUCAAGCGCUCCGUUCAGAAGCUCAUCGUGCGGUUACCCACGCAAAGCCCACCGCCCGAUGAGACGACGUUGAGCUCCGCUGCUCUCAAGGUCCUUCGCGAAGCACAGUCGUUGCAGAAGACCAUGCACGACUCGUACAUCGCCCAGGACCAUCUCAUUCUCGCCCUCGUCAAGGACCCGUCAUUCGCACAGCUGCUCAAGGAUAACGGUAUCACCGAAGCCACCAUCAAGACCGCUGUCGAGCAGACGCGCGGUAACAGGCGCGUUGACUCGAAGACGGCCGAGCAGGGCUUCGACGCUCUCCAGAAGUACGCUGUUGACCUCACCGCGCUCGCGGAGGAGGGCAAGAUUGACCCGGUCAUCGGUCGUGACAACGAGAUUCGUCGCGUCAUUCGCAUCCUUUGCCGAAGGACGAAGAACAACCCAGUCUUAAUCGGCGAACCCGGUGUCGGCAAGACGUCCAUUGCUGAAGGUCUUGCUCAGCGUAUCGUCAAGCGCGACGUACCUGCUAGCCUGUUCGCUCGGUUAUGGUCACUGGACAUGGGUGCUCUGAUGGCCGGCGCCAAGUACAAGGGCGAGUACGAGGAGCGCAUCAAGUCCGUCCUCGACGAGGUCGAGAAGGCUGCGGAGAACGGUGGCCAGGGCGUCAUCCUCUUCAUCGACGAGUUGCACCUCAUCAUGGCUGGCCGUGGCAGCGAGGGUGGUGGAAUGGAUGCUGGCAACCUCUUCAAGCCUCUUCUCGCCCGUGGCAAGCUGCGCUGCAUCGGGGCGACCACUCUCGCGGAGUACCGCAAGUACAUCGAGACGGACGCUGCCCUGGAACGUCGCUUCGCUCAGGUCAUCGUCAACGAACCUAGCGUCUCCGAGACCAUCAACAUCCUUCGAGGCAUCCGCGAGAAGUAUGAGGUCCACCACGGUGUCCGCAUCAUGGAUGGCGCUCUCAUCUCCGCGGCUACUUUGGCGCACCGAUACUUAACAUCACGACGUCUACCGGAUGCUGCUAUCGACCUAGUCGAUGAGGCUUGCGCGAGCGUGCGUGUAACGCGCGAGACGGAACCCGAAGCUAUCGACCUACUCCAGCGUCGGAAGCUCGAGCUCGAGGUUGAGAUCCACGCUCUCGAGCGUGAGAAGGAUGCCGAGAGCAAAGAGCGCCUCCUGGCUGCGCGCAAGGCUAUCGCCGACGUCGACGAACAACUCCAGCCUCUGAAGGCCCAGUUCGAGAACGAGAAGAAGCGUGGCGAGGAGAUCAACAACGUUCGCCGGCGCAUCGACGAGCUUAAGGCCAAGGUCGAGGAUGCUGAGCGAAGAUAUGAUCUUGCGACUGCGUCCGACAUCAAGUACUACGCUCUUCCUGAUCUGCAGAAGAGGCUCGAGGCUCUUGAGGCCAAGAAGGCUGAGGAAGACGCCGCCGCCGGCGUCGGUCACGACGUCGUCACCCCCGAGCAGAUUGCGGAGAUUGUCGCGCGUUGGACCAGCAUCCCCGUCACCCGGCUCAUGUCGAGCGAGAAGGAGAAGCUCCUUCGUAUGGAGAGAAUACUCGCGAAGGAAGUUGUCGGACAGGCUGACGCCGUUAAGGCGGUUGCGAACGCCAUUCGCCUGUCGAGGAGCGGUUUGGCCAACCAGAACCGUCCCAUUGCCAGCUUCUUGUUCGCAGGUCCCAGCGGGACGGGCAAGACCCUGAUGGCGAAGACGCUCGCUCAAAUCCUGUUUGACUCGUCGGAUGCUAUGAUUCGAGUCGAUGGGUCGGAGUACUCUGAGAAGCAUUCGAUCUCUCGUCUCAUCGGUGCUCCGCCAGGCUACGUCGGUCACGACUCUGGAGGGCAGCUCACUGAAUACAUCCGUCGUAAGCCUUACUCAAUCAUCCUCAUCGACGAGAUCGAGAAGGCCUGCCGGGAGUUCGUGACGCUGUUCCUUCAAGUACUCGACGACGGUCGUCUCACCGACGGCCAAGGCCGCGUCGUUGACUUUAAGAAUACCGUCAUCAUCAUGACAUCCAACCUCGGUGCCGCCUACCUCAACGACGUUGGUGAGGGUCCAGUGAACCCGGCCGUCCGUGAGCUCGUCAUGGGCGCCAUAUCCGGUCACUUCCCGCCCGAGUUCAUCAACCGUAUCGACGAAAUAGUCAUCUUCCGUGCUCUCGCUCGCAAGCACAUCCUCAAGAUUGUCGACUUGCGCAUUGCGGAAGUCGAGCAACGCCUCGCGGAUCGCAAGAUCAAGCUCGACAUCGCCGACGACGCCAAGCAGUACCUCAUGUCUGUCGGGUACUCGCCACAAUACGGCGCUCGGCCGCUCAACCGCGCCAUACAGAGCGAGUUGCUCAACCCGCUGUCGGUCAUGCUCCUGUCGGAGCAGGUUCGGGACGGCGAGACGGUGCAGGUCCGCUUCGACGGGCCUCACAACAGGCUCGUCAUCGUGCCGAACCAUGCAGCGAGCAACGUCGACGCAGAUGGUAUGGAUGUGGACGACUGGGAGGAUGACCUUGAGAUUGAGGAAAUGGAUUAGGCGGAUGCAACUUGCAAAUGGACUCGCACGAAGUAAUGUAAUUUAUUGGGCAAUAUCAUCAAGCAUUCGGUGUAAUUGUACUGUACUGUAAAAUAGGAAUGCAUUAUUCGAGCAUAAGUCAAGGGUGAGAGG